GCUCCGGACGUUCCCACGGAUGAAGCGCCGGACGCGAAAAAACAAGAUGAAGAGGUCCUCGAUUUUGGGUCCGAUCCAUGGUACACGCAGAUGAGUUGGCCACAAAGGGUUGCGCGGAUAGCACAUAUCACGCGACAGGACCAACACCGCUUUACACCAUGGCUUCAUCAGGUGGAGCAAGAUCUUCUAGCCCGGCGUCGCGGAGACUAUGCGCAAGUCAUGCGGCACUUCGUCCGAGGUACCCGCAGCAUGGACGGUGAAGUUGUUCAUACCUACAUUAAUGGGGCUUCCGUGUUCGCAGAACAGGAUCAAGAGGAAGAUCGAUCGUUUGUUCUUUCAAAGGAGCACGAGGGCGGCCCUCCUUUGGUGUUUAGGCCUGAGUCCCCACAAAGCAGACAAAAGCGGCGUAUGAAAGAAUAUUGUCACGAAACUUUGGAUCCUACACAUACCGACGCUCCAGCUGCAGCCGGAGCAUCACCACCCC